CAAGACAAAAACUUCCGGUAAAACUUUUAAUCUCAAAUUCAGGGUUAAAAAAGUAUCAACAUGUCUGGUUUAGCGGCUGGAAGGGAGAAGCGUAACAAUGCUGGUAGUAAAAUGUCAUCACUGCUUGAGGCAGAGGAGGAGGAUGAAUUCUAUAAAACAACUUAUGGAGGCUUUAAUGAGGAAGAAGACGACAGAGAGUAUGAAUCAGAAGUAUCAGAAAGUGAUGUUGAUUACUCUGAUAUUGAUAUUGAUGAGGAUGAUGAAGUCAGAAGUGAUCUAGAAGAUGAUGAACCCAAGAGGAAAAAGAGGGGAGGUGUGAGCACUAAGGCAUACAAGGAACCAGCUGUAGUGAAGCCGAAGUCCAGUGAACCAAAGAAAAAACCUGAGAAAAGGAAAUCCAAGCCACCUCCUUCUAUACAGAUCUACCAGUCCAGUCCUGAGAAGAAAUCAUUAAGAAAAUCAACAGCAGAAAGAUCUAAAGAAAGGGCUGAGAGAGAAAAAGAGCGGGAAAUGAAAGCGAAAAUGUUGAAAGAGAUUGCUACUCAAAAGCGUGUGGCAGAAGUGAGACGUCUUACACAAGAAGAACUUCUGGAGGAGGCCAAAAUUACAGAAGAACUGAACUUGCAGUCUUUAGAAAAUUACCAGCGUCUUGAGUUAGAAAAGAAAAGUCGACGAGCAAUCAAGCAGACACAAAAGGGACCAGUAAUUAGAUAUCACUCACUGUCUAUGCCGCUGAUUGAAGAGAUCCCAGAUGAUGAUGAUGAUAUGGAAGAUUCGGCACACAAGGAACCUGUUGAUACUGGAGAAAAAUGUGAACGGACAUUUAUAACUUUUACGGAUGAACGUAUUAUCAAGGACUACUUUCCAGAAAAAAGAGCAAAACCACCAGUGAAACAAUUCUGUCCUGUCACACGUCUUCCAGCAAAAUACUAUGACCCAAUUACUCAUACUCCAUACGCUACUCUUCAGGCGUUUAAAAUUAUUCGAGAAGCUUAUGCACAACAGUUGCAGAAUGAACCUUCAAGAAAAUCAAGAAAUACUGUGUCUGAUACAUCGACAGAAAUUACAGUGAAAUGAAGAUUAUGUGUUUUGUAGAAAUGUUGAUUUCUGUGUCCAUUUUGGAGCAUUUGUGAUAUGAAAUGCAGAAAUACAUUUUUGAGAUACUUCUUUCUGUUCACACAGGGACUUGUUAGCUGCCAGUUAUGACAAAACCAUCCCAUUUAGCAUUCAAUGAGAUUUAUAAUCUGUCAGUUGUAAGUACAACAGGACCUGAGUAUGCAUGUUAGCACAUAAGAUCUGCCACUGUGUGUGUCUUUCGAACAGUUCCUAUAGCAUUUGCAGCUGUUGGUAUAGGUGGAUGGUUCAGCAUUGGUCAUCUGUUGUCCUGUCUCAACAUUUUUACAGAGAUAUCUCUAAAACUGCAGGUCGAAAUUAUACCAAACUUGAUAUGUAGCAUCCUGGAAUGGACCUCUACGUUUAUUCAAAUGUUUUUGCCUAGCACCUUUUGGGGCUGUCAGUGCUUAAAAUAGUAAAAACAUUUAAACUAUUUCUUGUAACCACUAGGAUUUUCACUGAGAGGUCCAUGCCAGGAUGCUAUGCCCUCCUGAAAAAUUAGUCAAAGUAGGCUUAUGGUAGGAAUGGAAUACUCUUCAAAAAGGAGAUACUCUAUUACGGGUCCAUUACCUUAAUUACACCUACUCAUAUUAGUUGUUGUUACAACAACUCUGUUUAACAUAUAUGUACAGUGAAAUCAUAAUUUCAUGGGCAUGGAAUCUCGUGGUUUUGGUCAAAAUGGCGGUUUCAGAGUAGGUUAGAGUUUUUUUCAUGCAAAUUUAUUUGGUGGUUUGACUCAUUCACAAAAUUGAUGAAAAUUAGUCCACCAUGAAUAUGAAUGAUUUCACAAUAUGAUUUUCCAUAUCAAGAUAGGCAUUAGACUGCCAAACUGUAAAUAAGCAGACAAAAUUACACUGCUGUAGUAUGAAACUUCAUUUUGGUAUUGUAAAAUCCUGGGAAAGAUCAAAUGAUAUGUGCAGCCAGUAUACAGAAUACAUGUAGAAGAUACUGUUUAGGGGUGCUGUACCUGUCAUUACUUAAAAAAACUGUCUGUACAAACUGAUUUUAUAAGAAGACAUACUGGUACAUUGUAUUAUGAAAAAGUGUAAGUUAAUUAUGGAUCUUGCCAACAUGUGUUCAUUCUGUAAACAUAUGAGCCGUGCCAUGGGAAAACCAACAUAGUGGCUUUGCGACCAGCAUGGAUCCAGACCAGCCUGCGCAUCCGCUAACAGUUUCUCCAAUUCCAAUAGGCUUUAAAAGCGAACAGCAUGGAGCCUGACCAGACUGCGCGGAUGCGCAGGCUGGUCUGGAUCCAUGCUGGUCGCAAACCCACUGUGUUGGUUUUCUCAUGGCACGGCUCAAUUAUUGUGAUAAUAAAAUUGAGAAGAGUGUUUAACUAGAGGUAACUUGUAUUUUCUCACAUUUAUAUAACACUGUCUCCAUCCAUACAAAUAUUGAUCACUAGAGGGUGGUGUUGCCUGCACGUCUUUCAUCUUUCUUCAAUUACUGCAGAGUUAUUGCCCUUUUUUUAUUGUUUUAACGUUAAUAAACUCCCACAAAACAAAGUUACCCAUUGCCAGAUCUUCAUGAAACUUAAUACAAAUAUUUAUCGCUUUAGGGCAGAGUUUUUUCCCUUUAAUUGGUAAAAAUAGAACCAACAAAGCAUGGCACAGUCCUGUAAUACAUAACUUGUUUAUAUCUGGAAAUUAAAUAUCUUUUAAAAUGUAAUCCUGUAAUUCACAAAAACGACCUAUUUGGCAGGGGAUAUAAAUUCACUGAAUUUGCUUGUUGGUACAGUCAUCCACAAACAUACGAAUACAAGAUCUGAUUUUUUUCAACAGUGUCAUUUAUAGAAAUAAAGAGCGAUACUCAAGACUGAUUCCUUAGGAAAAUCUGUCUUUUAAGAAAGCAUGUGUAGAAUUAAACAUGUUGGUGUCUGUUUGAAAGAUAAUUUUGAAAACAGUUGAACACGGAUCCUGUUAUUCAAAAGAACCUCAUUCCAGAAAAGCAGACGUUUGUGCCAAAUAUCGUCAAACGUCCUGAUGAUAUUGAAGACAAAAUGAUAUCUUUGCACUUUUCAACUUUGUUGAAAUUUUCUUAUGUUCUUAAUAUUUGUCUAAAGGAAAUUUCAUAAAUGUAUGUUGCCAAAACUAUUUUAGGGAGUUACAAUUUUCGAUUACUGUAAUAUUGAUAUCAGCAUAAAUACAGCUAUUCCUAUUGAAGAUCAUGUCCAUCUCUUCAGAGAACAUUGUAGUGUUGUUUGUACAAAUAAGUGUUCUCCAACGCCGGAAAGAAGAAUGUUAUUUCUGUUUGAUACAAAGGUAUUAUAGUUUCAGGCAUCAGUAAUUGUUAUGUGAGAUGUGUUUGUGCAGAUAGCUAUAGAUUCCUCUAUGAUUGUUGUUGAUCUCGCCUGACUUGGAAGUUGAUAAGAAAGCUCCAAAAAGAAUACAUCUAUUAGAGAGUAACACUUGAACCUAUAUGCAUUCAUGGUGAUUGUCUAGGUCACAUCUGUGCAAGAAAUGUAAUUUUUGAUGGACUUGAUUAGAUGCAUUACCAUUAGCUACAGUACUUACCGGUAGAUAGUUUGAUUAUGAUCUGUAUUGUUGUAACCUAUGUAACCACUGUAACCAGAUACAAAAAACGAAGGGAAUGGAAAGUUUUGUGUUUUUAGGUCAUAUAAGACAGUACUAGUAACUGGAAUCUACCUAUAUCAGUUCUGAGAUGCAAUUCGGUCAGCAGCACCGUGUUCUUGGGUUAUAUAACAGUUUUAAGUGGUCUCACAUGACCGUCUUUCACAAAACCUGUGCUGAAGGUUGACCUCGUUGAAGGUUUUACUGAAUAAAGAAAGAUAAAGCCGGUCUGUUUACCUGGUACAUGAUUUUUUUAUUAAUUAUUUUAAUUCAACGAGUUGGGUCUCACAUGACAGUAGAGUAUGUCAUGUUUUAAGAAAAGAGAGUAUAGGCUAGAAGCAGAAAUGUGGUCUAGGAGUUUACACAAAACAAAAUCGUUAAGAUGGGCCUGUAUUUUGCUUGUUCACAAGUAUCACCUUUCUUUAAAAGGGGUUUGGAAAUAAUAUUAAUGUUCAAGCAUCAAAUGGGAUAUGAUCAACCUUUUAUACUUAACUAUACUGCAUGUUUAAAGUAACUUUUUAUAAUAAAGGGUUUGUGAAACACUG